AUGGCACUUAUGGGCUUCCAACUUGACACGUUUAUAAAUACACCUAAAAGUGAAUAUUAUAGAGCUGCUCGUCUCUACACCCAGCCAAUGUGGGAAAUGUUGCUCGAGACACUGAUGUCAACUCGAUACUUUCCUAUUCUCGGCCAUUAUAUUCUCUUCCCCGAUUCUUUGUUAGUAAAUGUUGCGAAGGCUGUCGUCGAAUUUACAAAGGAUAUGUCAGUGUUCAACAACCCAGAUUUACGCGAGGUGCCAUUAACUUCGGCCACAGUUACCUCUACUGCGGAGGGAUUAGGUAAAUUGUAUGGGAUACUUGCAAAUGGUGGCACUGCAAAGAGUAAGGUACUACUGAACGCGGAGCUGGUUAAGAAACUAGCCACGCCUCUGUCACAAGGAACUGAUAGUGUUAUAAAGCAAGAAAACUCCAUGUUUGGCCCCGGAACGGUGAUAAUGAAAAACCCAAAGGGUCAACUGAUGUUUGGGCAUUCCGGUCACGGAGGUCAAGUUGGCAUGGCGGACGCGACAAAUAAGCUCGGCUUUAUGUAUAUAACAAACCAUAUAUCUAUCAAUGGACUUGGAGAUGAUCCGCGCUACCUUGACCUUGAAAAUGCUUUGUACAAGUCUUUAGAUAACCAUGAAAGUAAUAUCGGUAAUGAAAAUGUAUAAAUCAGUUAAGAUCAUCGAAUCCUGUCAAAAGUAUUGUGUAUCUAUCUAGGAUUAAUGUAAAAAUAAACCAUUGGAAAGUUG